AUGCGCAACUACGAGAGGGUCUAUUACUGUGCGCGAGUGCGGUGUAUCCGGAUCUUAUCGCUGGAGGUGCCCCAGACGGUGGUUGUGGGCACGGAGGCCCGGCUAAGGUGCGCCUACGACCUCGAAGGAGACGUCCUCUAUUCGGUAAAGUGGUACCGGGAUGACGUCGAGUUCUUCCGAUUUGUGCCUUCCGACCGACCACCCGGGCAAUUUUUUCCCGUUGAUGGCAUCAGGGUAGACUUGCAGCGUUCAAACAACGGUACCGUAUUCAUCCGCAAUGUGGACCACCUCACGGGCGGCAACUACAAGUGUGAAGUAUCGGCGGACGCCCCUUCUUUCAAGACGAUGUUCGUGGAAAAGAUCAUCCGGAUAGACUCCUCCUCUACUUGUAUCCAAGUUCCAUCUGUGGUGACACUUCUGCUCCUGGCCCUCGCGUCUCACGCCGUCUCUCGUCUCGGGUCCAAUCGCUGAUCGCAUCGAGACCCACGUGACCCAAGUGGUGACUGAAUUGCUCAGAGAAGCAGGACUGCACUGUUCAACGGAGAGAGAGACAAAAACGCCCAUGCUGUGUGCAGUGACCAGACUGUUCCCGUAAACAGCGUCGAAAAAUAACAACUGCAACGCCUGCGUACAAGAGCCUACAAGAUGGCAUGUGAUCUCAGGGUUAAUCUGUGUGUUCCCUUUUUUUUCUUCUUUAUGACCUGACAGCUUUGCAUCGCGGCAGGAUGGCUGUACAAGUAGGCGUUAAAAAAAGCCAAGCCUUGGCACGAUGUCCGCAAGUACCACCAGCUUAGUUGCAGUUCCGUGUUUGUUAAUCAAAGCGUAAUUUAAUUCAGAUGAACUGAUUCGUAGUACCACUCCUCAUACAGGAGACAUCGUUCUGACUGAACAGAUCCUGUCAUGAAUAUCAUAUUCCUUGCUAUAGUGGCAUUCAACGGAAGCAACAACUUCAACUGUUCAUGUACCCAAAAAGGCAUACGUGGUGGAGUUGGCCACGUCUAGCACUUAUCUUAAUAGUACUCUCAUUGUGUGCGUAUGUCUACUGCAGAAGCCGGGCUGCAAUACCAAGACUAUUUGCUGGCAAGCAUGCAUUGCGUCACUCUGAGAAAUGACGGCUAUUAUUGUAACUGCCAGAUGGGCACCGGUCUGCCCGUCUGGUAGCGUAUGCUCAGAAUCAAACUUUACGAAAGAGCUUCUGAUGGUGACGGAGUACCAAGAACUUUGUAACAAACGAACAGUAACUUACCCGGCAUGGGUGACUGAUAUCUGCGCGAUGUUAGCCAAAUUUCGAUUAGCCAACCUUCGCGUUCGUGGUGACAAGCAAGGUUUUUUUAUCAGUAUCACUACGUGCUACUGUCAGCAUAGGGGAUAAAAGGCUUCAGAAAAUCACUCCAUCAAUGAAAACUGAGUGAAAACCCGUUAAAUUGUAAUGAAUUAAUUAAAUUACGAAAAGAUACUUGCAUUUAGAACAAUAGUGGAUGGAAUUCAAAGCGCUUUGCACGUGGGGGUGUUACCGUAUAGGCCGGCAUGGUACUUCUAAAUAAGCAGUUCGCGCUAUGUCGCAGAAAGCAAGAACGCAUUUGAUUAGAAUUUGAUGCGAUGCGUAUGACGCUUAAGACCACUGUGGUUGUUUAUUCAUAUGUUCCCAAGUUUCUGGCUAGACUUACGCCAAACAGGCGCAAACCAUGUUAAAGUUGCGAACACUAAUUUGCGCAUUUUGUUACCUUGCGGGCUCAAAAAAGAGUGCUUCACCAUUUUUCGAGUUACCGUUUCUUUUUCACUUGUCACCCGCAAUAAGGCGGUUGUGAAGGUGACACUUUUUAAUUUUCGGAAGUUUGCUGAUAGUUGUGAAAAUUGUUUCGACAAUAUUGUGAAUAGUAAUGACACUCUUUGAAAAAACUAUCGCGAAUCUUUGUUAUUUAAAGGAAGAACACAAAUAGAUCAUUUGGAUAGUAUUCCGGUACAGCGAUCUUCCAAUGAAUGAGUUGUUUGGCGCUGCAAGAAUAUUCGUCACUAUGCAAGAAGCACAGUUAGGAAUCAACUAUGCUCUAACUGGUAACUAAAUUACGUUUGUUACGAAUGGUACUGCAGUCAUUUUAACUUAUUCCAUGAGAAGCAAGAUAAAGACCUCAUCACGAAAGGCAUUGCAAAACAUCGUCGGUAGCAAUAUGGACACAGAAUAUGCAUAAGACCAUAUGUUGCAUCGCGUGUUGUCUAGUAUAUUUUCUGUGCACUUGUUUUUGCCCACAAUGCAGCAAUGGCAAACUGCCUACCAUAGCUGUCCACACUUUCACUCUGAUUCGCUGUGUAACAAAUAAUUGCUUAUAUGCUCAGAGCUACUAAUCACGUGGAUAGAUUGGAGUUAUCGAUUUUACUUCUGGAGGCUUCUAGUCGCAUGUAGUACUUUGUAUAUGCCUGCCUUUUAUAGAAGAUCAAUCUAAUUUAUCUUCUAUAAAAGGCAGGCAUAUACAACUUUGUUUUUUUUUUAUUUUAAACUCCAUUUAUUUACCUUUUUGCUCACAAAACAGCCACGAAAUGCCGGUGUAUUGAACUUUGAAUGGGUAAGUCAAAAAUCUUGCCUGCAUGGUAAAGUCUCGCGUGCAACGAAAGUUCAGUGGUGACUGUGCAAUGUUACACACUCAAGGUUUGUUUACCUGCGAAUGCUGCUGAAAGUAUUAGGUACAAAAGAUUAUCCCUGUAAUGUUUGUUGCUAAAAUGUCAACCUGCAUUUUUGUCCGUCGCUGUAGGUUCGAACAGAAAGCCAAAAGCUAUUCAGCGAACGCGGCUGGAACUACAUGUUUCUGGUAGAUACUUUAGCAUUGUCCGGUUGGUAUAGGCAAGUUGUAUCAUUGAGUUGAACAUCAACGCAAAGUUGCUAGCGUAUGCUUUAGUUGGCCUACUUUUUUUAAUAUUAACACAUCACGUCAUUACUGUACAUACUGUCAUCGCUGUUACAUUACGGAGUUUCAAUUAAACUGUAGCUGUUGCACCAC